UAUGCAACCAUAUGCUAUAUAGUAUAUAUUACAUGAUCAAUGAUGAAGCCUAAAGUCAUCAUGGUUCCUUACCCAGCACAAGGCCAUGUAACACCAAUGCUUAACCUGGCCUCCGCCUUGACCCACCUCGGCCUUUCUCCAGUGGUGGUAACGCCUGAGUUCAUUCACCACAUGAUUGCUCAAAAAACCCAUGUCACUUGCAUGCCCAUCCCUGAUGGUUUGGAUGAAGAUGUGCCACGUGAUUUCUUUGCCAUUGAGUUUGCAAUGGAGAAUAACAUGUCGGUGCAUUUGGACCGCCUGGUUCGCCAACUUAAUGGUUGUGACGGUGAUGGAGUUGCAUUCAUGAUAGUGGACUUGUUGGCGUCAUGGGCAUUCAAAGUUGGCGAUGACUGUGGUGUGCCGGUGGUUGGAUAUUGGCCGGUUAUGUUUGCUGCUUACCAGCUUAUUGCUGCCAUCCCGGAAAUGCUCUCUCUCGGCAUCAUAUCUGAAACUGGUAUCCCACAAAAUGAAGGCCCGGUAUACUUGGGAUAUGAUCAACCUCCUUUAAGCACACGAGAUCUUCCAUGGCUUAUUGGAAGUUUAGCUUCAAGAAGAUCCAGAUUUCGGUUUUGGACAAGGACAUUGGCGCGAACAAGAACCCUUUCGCAAAUCCUUGUAAACAGCUUCCCUGAGGAACAUCGCGUUGACACCAACUUACAAAAUUACCAAUCUAAACAACACCCAAAUAUAACUCCAAUUGGACCAAUGAUUCAACACACCAAACACGAAAACCUUCGUUUUUCAGAAGACGAUAAAAGUUGUUUGGAUUGGCUAGACCAACAAAGCGAAAAGUCCGUUGUGUAUAUCUCAUUUGGUACUUGGGUUAGCCCAAUUAGUAAGACCAAAGUGAGAAACCUAGCCAUGGCUUUGGAAUCAUCCAAACAUUCAUUUAUAUGGGUCCUUGGUUCAAAAUGGCGCGACGGGCUCCCAAAAGGGUAUGUUGAGAGAAUGUUGGAUCGCGGAAGAGUGGUUUCAUGGGCCCCGCAAAGCGAAGUGCUACGACAUAAAGCAGUUGGGUGUUAUCUAACGCAUUGUGGGUGGAACUCCACUAUUGAAGCUAUACAAAACAAGGUGAAACUAUUGUGCUACCCGAUUGCCGGUGAUCAGUUUGUUAACUGUGACUACAUUGUAAAGAUUUGGCGAAUCGGGAUUGUGUUGGAGGAUUUUGGAGAAGAAGAUGUUCAUAGAAGUUUAAAAAGGGUGAUGGAGGAUAUAGAGAUGGAAGAAAGACUAGUUAAGAUGAAUGAAAGGGUGUAUGGAAUGGAAACCAGUUUAAGGGUAUACUCUAAUUUGACAAAAUUUGUGGAUGAUUAUGUUAUGGUAGAGUAGUAAACUACACCCAAGGUCUCAAGAAAGAAAGCUAAAAUGCAUGUUAUUUUGUUGUUCAUUAAGAU